AUGUCUCCCAGCGUUGAGGACGCCCAGGCGCAAUGGCUCGAGCAACUCGAUGCCAUGCGAAAAGCCAUUGCAGAUCUAAACUUACCCGCUGAUGCUGGAAAGAUGCCAGCGUACGGGGACGACCUCGAGUUUGACGACGAUGACUUCUCCGGAACGGCCAGUGGCGAGGAUAUCUGGGACAUCAUCAGCGACGAAUACGAGGAAGAGUAUAGUAGCGACCACCUCGACCGAUUCCCGGAUGGGCCAGCAGGAGGCAAUGCAUUCGACCAGCAUUGGCUCGCUCAAAAGUGCUCUGAUGUCGCGAGAAGCAGUUCUGGCUUGGAUGCUUCAGCGCUCAGGGAUCAGAUCACAGCAAUUCUAUCCAGUGACAGCAAUGAUGAAGAGUUGCAGAUGAUGCUUGCGGAUGUCGUAGGUUAUGGUGAAUUAGAUAUGGUUGCAGACCUCAUCUCUCACCGAAAGGAUAUCAUGCGAUCCCUGCACGAGCCUACUCCAGCCCAGGGCAAUGGCAUCGUGGGCCGUCUACAGACUCGAGCCGAGCGUGAAGAGGCGUUGCGAAGGGCAGAUUUCGAGCAUAAGAAUGCGGCAUUGGCACCAGCUAUGGACCGUACAGGCCCGCAAUAUCCUCACGUCUACCGCACCCACGAAGCAGGAAACAAGCUCUCGGCGUACGGAAAGAAGUACGCUCUACCCCCGGAUACGAUUCAUCACGACAACAACCUCUACGAGGAGUAUGAGAUUCCAGCAGUUCCUGUAGGCACUGUCGGUGUGGGGCGACGGUUGCUUGAAAUUAAGGAGCUGGACGGUCUUUGCCAGCGUACCUUCAAGGGCUACAAGUCGCUUAAUCGUAUGCAGAGCUUGGUGUAUCCUGUCGCAUACAAAACGAGCGAGAAUAUGCUUAUCUGCGCACCCACCGGUGCCGGUAAAACUGACGCAGCGAUGCUCACCAUUCUUAACACCGUGGCUAAAAAUGUUGUGCCCAAUCCAAUCGAUGAACCUGAUGCCACAGACUUCACGGUCAUGGCGGAAGAUUUCAAGGUUAUCUACGUUGCACCUAUGAAGGCACUUGCAGCUGAAGUCACCGAGAAGCUUGGAAAGCGACUAGCAUGGUUGGGUAUCAAAGCGCGCGAACUUACUGGCGAUAUGCAUCUUACUAAAGCAGAGAUUCUGGACACUCAAAUCAUUGUUACUACCCCUGAGAAAUGGGAUGUCGUUACCAGGAAGAGUACCGGGGACACUGAGCUGGUGCAAAAGGUACGACUGCUCAUUAUCGAUGAAGUUCACAUGCUACACGACGAGCGUGGUGCUGUUCUGGAGAGUCUGGUGGCGCGAACUCAACGACAAGUUGAGAGUACUCAGUCGCUCAUCCGAAUCGUUGGUCUGUCAGCCACAUUGCCCAACUACGUCGAUGUAGCCGACUUUCUCCGGGUGAACAAGAUGGCUGGACUGUUCUACUUUGAUGCCUCGUUUCGCCCUGUACCUCUGGAGCAGCACUUCAUUGGUGCCAAAGGCAAGCCCGGCACUGCAAAAUCUCGAGAGAACGUGGAGAAGGUGGCAUUUGACAAGGUCGUCGAAAUGCUCAAGCUAGGCCAUCAGAUCAUGGUCUUUGUACACUCGAGAAAGGACACAGUCAAGACUGCUAGGCGGUUGUACGAAAUGGCCAUGGAGGAACAAUGCACUGAUUUGUUUGACCCUCAGGACCACCCGCGAUACGAAAACGCUGUACGCGAUAUGAAGCAAUCAAAGGGCCGAGAACUACGCGAGCUGCUAGGCAAAGGCAUGGGAACUCAUCAUGCCGGUAUGCCCCGUUCCGACAGGAACAUGAUUGAGCGCUUGUUUGCCGAAGGUGUACUCAAGGUACUCUGCUGUACAGCGACUCUCGCUUGGGGUGUCAACUUGCCUGCCGCCGCAGUUCUCAUCAAGGGUACCCAGGUCUACAAUGCCCAGGAGGGUAAGUUCACUGAUCUUGGUAUCCUGGAUGUUCUCCAAAUCUUUGGUCGUGCCGGUCGACCUCAAUUCCAGGACAGUGGUAUCGGAUUUAUCUGUACGACACAUGACAGACUAGACCACUACAUGCGCGCUGUAACUGAGCAGCAGCCUAUUGAAUCGAGGUUUUCAUCGAAACUCAUAGAUAACCUCAACGCUGAGAUCUCUCUGGGUACAGUCACGACGGUUUCCGAAGCUGUGACAUGGCUUGGUUACUCUUACCUAUUCGUACGCAUGCAGAAGAGCCCGCUCAUGUACGGUAUCGAGUGGGCCGAGAUCCGCGACGACCCACAACUCGUGGGUAGACGCCGUAAGCUUAUCAUCGAUGCUGCUAGAAUCCUACAGAGGAGUCAGAUGAUCAUCUUCAACGAGACGACCGAGGACCUGCGAGCCAAGGAUGUCGGUCGUAUCGCCAGUCAGUACUAUGUGCAACAGUCCAGUAUCGAAAUCUUCAACACCAUGAUGCGACCUCGCAGUACGGAUGCCGACGCGCUAGCCAUGCUGUUCCUCACGCCUGACUUUGUUUGGAAUGACAGGCACCAUGGAACUUCGGAAUCCUUCUGGAUUUGGGUGGAGAACUCGGAGACUUCUGAAAUCUACCAUCAUGAGUUCUUCAUCCUGUCGCGGAGAAAGCUUUACGAUGAUCACGAGCUCAACUUUACAAUUCCGCUGUCUGACCCAUUGCCUACGCAAGUUUAUGUUCGAGCUGUGUCCGAUCGCUGGCUGGGCGCAGAGACUGUGCACCCCAUAUCGUUCCAGCAUCUUAUCCGUCCUGAUACCGAGAGUAUCUACACAGACUUGUUGAAUCUCCAGCCUUUGCCAAUAGCAGCACUGAAAAAUCCGCUACUUGAGGAGGUGUACGCACAGCGUUUCCAAUACUUUAACCCCAUGCAGUCGCAGAUCUUUCAUUGCCUGUAUCACACACCCGCAAACGUCCUACUGGGAUCGCCGACAGGUAGUGGCAAGACGGUAGCUGCUGAACUUGCGAUGUGGUGGGCGUUUCGCGAGAAGCCCGGCUCAAAGGUCGUCUACAUUGCUCCGAUGAAGGCCUUGGUUCGCGAACGAGUGCAAGACUGGGGCAAGCGACUUGCUGGACCGAUGGGCUUGAAGCUCGUGGAGUUGACCGGUGAUAACACGCCAGACACACGUACCAUCCGCGAUGCUGAUAUUAUCAUUACAACGCCUGAAAAGUGGGACGGUAUCAGCCGUAGCUGGCAAACUCGUGGUUAUGUCCGUCAGGUCAGCUUGGUCAUCAUUGAUGAGAUUCAUCUUCUGGGUGGUGACCGUGGCCCGAUUCUGGAGAUUAUCGUGUCUCGUAUGAAUUAUAUUGCGUCGCAGAAGAAGGAUGGCUCUAUUCGUUUACUCGGCAUGUCUACUGCUUGCGCAAACGCAGCUGAUCUUGGGAACUGGCUUGGUGUCAAGGAGGGCUUGUUCAACUUCCGACAUUCAGUGCGUCCAGUGCCAUUGGAGAUCUUCAUCGAUGGCUUCCCGGAACAACGAGGCUUCUGUCCGCUGAUGCAGUCGAUGAAUAGGCCGACAUUCCUCGCAAUUAAGGCACACUCCCCAGAGAAACCAGUCAUUGUUUUCGUUGCCUCGCGUAGGCAGACUCGUCUCACCGCUCGCGACCUGAUCAACUUUUGUGGUAUGGAGGAUAAUCCCAGGCGCUUUCUGCGCAUGUCUGAAGACGACCUUGCUGUCAACCUUGAUAGAGUCAAGGAUGACUCGCUUAGGGAGGCUUUGAGCUUCGGUAUCGGUCUGCAUCAUGCUGGUCUUGUCGAGACAGAUCGAUCGCUGUCAGAAGAGCUCUUUGCAAACAACAAGAUCCAGAUCCUCGUUGCCACCAGCACACUUGCGUGGGGUGUAAACUUGCCUGCUCAUCUUGUGGUUGUAAAAGGCACACAGUUCUUCGACGCGAAGACUGAAGGAUACAAAGACAUGGACCUCACAGAUGUUCUGCAGAUGUUGGGUCGUGCUGGACGUCCACAGUUCGACGACUCAGGUAUCGCACGCAUUUUCACACAGGACGCCAAGAAGGAGUUUUACAAGCAUUUCUUGCACACUGGUUUUCCGGUCGAAUCGUCGCUUCAUAAAGUAUUGGACAAUCAUUUGGGCGCCGAGAUCUCUGCUGGAACAAUCGCCACGAAACAAGACGCUUUGGACUAUCUGACCUGGACGUUCUUCUUCCGUCGUCUGCAUAAGAACCCGUCAUUCUAUGGUCUCGAAAUUUCAGCUGAAGAGCACAACACGAUCGCAGCACAAGCCAUGGCCAACGACUACAUGGUGGAGCUUGUAGAGACGUCACUCAAAGAGCUUGAUGAGUCUUCGUGCGCGGUCGUUGAGCCCACUGGCGAAGUUGACCCUACCCCACUCGGCAAGAUUAUGAGUUACUACUACCUUAAUCACAAGACGAUUCGCUAUCUCGUCCAGAACGUCAAACGCAACGCUACAUUUUUCGACGCGCUUUCCUGGAUUUCGCACGCAACUGAAUAUGACGAACUCCCCGUUCGUCACAAUGAAGAUCUCAUCAAUGCAGAGUUAUCAAAAGCACUACCGAUACCCGCCGACGACUUUGGUCUCCCAAUGUGGGAUCCGCAUGUCAAAUCCUUCUUGCUUCUGCAAGCCCACUUCUCGCGCAUCGAUUUACCCAUCUCCGAUUACGUCGGUGAUCUAAACAGUGUGCUAGACCAAAGCAUUCGUAUCGUCCAGGCUUCCAUCGACGUCCUCACCGAACUCGGAUACCUCUCAUCCUGCGAAACCAUGAUCUCCCUUCUACAAGCCAUCAAGUCCGCCCGCUGGCCCACCGACGGCCCUCUAUCCAUCUUCCCCAACGUCGAACCCGACAAAGAGAAGAAACGUCUCGAGCACCCACAAGCCAACCUAAAAACACUCAUUGAGGCCACUACCUCUUCAACGGCUGUUUUGGAGCGCGCGGCCAAAUUCGCAGGUGUCGCACAACCCGCACUAAAACGUACCUUGGAGCCUGUAUCUCGUCUACCCAUCUUGAACCUCAGCCUAGGACACGUCAAUGCACUAGGUCUUGACUUCAAGAUCGUUCGAAAAAACCCAGCGAGGAUCAACGCAGGCGGUAUUCGCAUCUUCGCGCCACGAUACCCUAAACCGCAAAAUGAGGGCUUCUUCGCCAUAGUGUCUUACUCCAGUACCGAUGAGAUCAUCGCGCUCAAGCGAGUCAACUGGCAGGAUCCUAGCCGGAAUGCAUCGGCUGGCGGGCGUGGUCGAGGUGGAAGAGGAGGUGGAGGUGCAGGAGCAGGAGCAAAUUCCAAACCCCAGGCUCAGACAAGGGUGGCGUUGCCUGAGGAGGCGCAGGGAAAGAAGGUAGAUAUUGUUGUGCUCAGUGAUGCUUAUCCGGGGAUGAGGUGGAAGAUUGAGGGUGUGGAUGUACCUGAAGCACCGGUUGUGGAUGCGGGUGGAAAGGGAAAGGAGAAGGAGUAG